AUGCCUAAAUGUUUAUAUUGUAAGAAAGUUUUUAUAAAUCAGAAAGCAUUAGUGAUUCAUACCAAUUUGGUUGAAAUAACAAACAGAGUUCUUAAUAAUCAAAACAAGCUUGAAAGGCAAAAUUUAUCUGUAAAAAAAGAUAUGAAUUAUAAGCAACAUUGUUUUAAAUAUAACUUAAAUAAUGGUUUAGAAGAGAUUAAUUCUAAUAUAAACAGCUUUAUUGAAAACCAAAAUCCUAAUAGAUCUAUUGAAGAACAAAUCAUUGAACUUUUUAAUCAAAGUGAUUCUCAAAGUAAUGAUCAAAGUGAUUCUCAAAGUAAUGAUCAUAGUGAUUUUCAAAGUAAUAAUCAUAAUAAUUCUCAAAGUAAUAAUCAUAGUAAUUCUCAAAGCAAUAUAUCUGAUGCAUAA